CAAUGGGUGGGGGAGACUUUCCUCCUUCUAUAUGUGAGCGACGAUCCCUUUGAUGAUCUAUCAAAUUAUCACGUUACUUCAAAGCCAAAAACUUGGUUAACCAAUAUAUCAUCUUUCUCCCACUCGACUUUCGACUCUUUAUCUCUGUUUCUUACUCAAGAAUGGGUGGAAAACUUGGUCUAGUCUUUGUUUUUUUGCUGGCUGUUGGCUUGGUAUGUGAGGCUAGAGAGUUGACUUCUUCCUUUAGAAACAAGGUUUCUGCAAUUUCAGUUUUGCAAUCAAAGGCUGCAAAGAGAUUUGGAGUUUUGGGAAACGAGGGCAAAAAUGACAAUUUGUGUACUUUGUGUGAAGAAUAUGCUUCUGAAGCUCUCUUUUACCUUGAACAAAACAAAACCCAAAAAGAAAUCAUCUCCGCUCUUCAUGAAUCUUGUGAUAAAUUACAGUCAUUAAAGAAACAGUGUAUCACUUUAGUAGAUUACUAUGCUCCUCUAUUUUUCCUUGAAAUCUCAACUGUUAAACCUGAAGACUUUUGUGGAAAAGUUGGACUUUGCAAAGAAAUUGUUGCUUAUGCUCAUGAAUUCUCAGAAAAUAGCUGUGAUGUUUGUCAUUUAGCUGUUUCAGAAGCUGUUUCUUUGUUAAAAGAUCCUGAUAAUCAGUUGGAAAUCUUGCAGUUGCUCUUGAAACAAUGCAAAACUGUGGAGAAGUACUUACCAAAGUGUAAAUCAUUGGUAUUCGAAUAUGCACCUUUGAUUCUUGCAAAUGCAGAGCAGUUUUUGGAGAAAGAAGACAUAUGCAGUAAGCUUCAUGCUUGUGAUUCUUAUGAACAGGUUCCUUUGAUUUCAGACAACUGAAAAUGCCAGAAAUGAAAUGGGGUUGAUGAUCUGCUUGACUUCUUGUGAUUCCUGGAAUGGGUAUUAUUGUCUUUCUCCACAAUUUGUCAUAUAUAUAUAUAUAUAUACUUUGUAAAUUCAUUCAGAAAACUUUAAAUUCAAACUGGAGAAUUACUUCAUUAUCAAGUAUCAACCUUGUAAGUAAAACAUUUUUCUUCUUGUUUGUGUGCUAUGAUGACUUGUUUUAAAAAGAUCACCUUGUUCAUGGUUA